CCCGCCUCCUUGCUGCUGCCGCCGCCAAUCCUGGUCCGGUCUCGUGCGUUCCCGGAGGUCCCUCGCGGGACGUCUCUCACAGCCACCGGCUCCUACUCUUGGGCUUCCAAAUCUGGGGCGAUGUCUCCCCAGGUUAAAUUAUCCUAGCUCCUGCUCCAGAUCGCUUUCCCUCUGCCCCGCCAGAGCCCAGUAGUUCAAAAAUUAAAUUUGGGGCAAGAGGUGCGCUCCAGAGCGCAGCUGCUUCUGGACCCUGCGGCAGCGGUGGCGAGCCACAGGGCGGCGACCGUGAGCUCCGGGAGCUGCGCAAACAGCUGGAGACCAUGUCUCAGGAUGCGACCAGGACCCUGGGGAAAGGAAGCCAGCCCCCAGGGCCAGUCCCGGAGGGGCUGAUCCGCAUCUACAGCAUGAGGUUCUGCCCCUAUUCUCACAGGACCCGCCUCGUCCUCAAGGCCAAAGACAUCAGACAUGAAGUUGUCAACAUUAACCUGAGAAACAAGCCUGAAUGGUACUAUACAAAGCACCCUUUUGGCCACAUUCCUGUCCUGGAGACCAGCCAAUGUCAACUGAUCUAUGAAUCUGUGAUCGCUUGUGAGUACCUGGAUGAUGCUUAUCCAGGAAGGAAGCUAUUUCCACACGACCCGUAUGAACGAGCUCGCCAAAAGAUGUUGUUGGAGCUAUUUUGUAAGGUCCCACAUUUGACCAAGGAGUGCCUGGUAGCAUUGAGAUGUGGGAGAGAAUGCACUGAUCUGAAGGCAGCCCUGCGUCAGGAAUUCUGCAACCUGGAAGAGAUUCUUGAGUAUCAGAACACCACCUUCUUUGGUGGAACCUGUACAUCCAUGAUUGAUUACCUCCUCUGGCCCUGGUUUGAGCGGCUGGAUGUGUAUGGGAUAGCGGACUGUGUGAGCCACACGCCAGCCCUGCGGCUCUGGAUAUCAGCCAUGAAGUGGGACCCCACAGUCUGUGCUCUUCUCACAGAUAAGAGCAUUUUCCAGGGCUUCUUGAAUCUCUAUUUUCAGAACAACCCUAAUGCCUUUGACUUUGGGCUGUGCUGAGCCUCACCGUCCACCCCUUCACCGUCCAGAAUUCCCCAGCUUGUUGGGAGUUUACAUCACGGAUUGUCUUGGGAAUCAAUCUGUCUCACUUUCUUUUCUUUGAAGUUCCCAAUAAAAUGCAAACAGGAAAUGUA